CCGAAUCAGGUGCGAGAACUCGGAAUUAUCAGCCAAUCACAUGCCUGGACCUGAAUUCCCCUCCCGCCCCUCGUUCUUCUUUUGCCUGGAAAUGCAGGCAGAAUAUAAAUGCUCAUAACUUGGCACAAGGCACAAAAAACAGCCAGCGUGGAGCAGCUAUGGAGGACCUUCAAGACUCCAGUUUCGGUGUCCCUAGUGCCAUGAGUAUCGCAGAUGAACUGAAGGAUGAUUUCUACUUCAACCUUCUGGAUGAUUUCCUUGGCUCUCAGACUGGUGAAUCGUUGGAUUUGGAUGAAAACCCAUGCACAAACCGACUGCUGGUUCAAGUAGGCCUGUUGAGAGAAGAUAACAAUGUUUCAUGGGUGAAUGUAGUGAAAUGGCUUCAGAAGAUUUUUCCCGUGUUUCAUUCGGCAGAUUUCCGAGGUUUGAUUGAAAGGAAUACAGAAACGGCUAUGAGCUUAACUGGAGAUGCCAGAGAAAGCUUUUUAGGGUCGAAUGCCAACUUUGAGUUUGUCGGCCCCAUAUGUGAUAGCAUUGGCAUCAGCAGAACGGAUUUGCUCGAAAUGUCAGAUUUUUCUGACCGUGCAAAGUUAACAGAUGUGACUAAUGGUUUAAUACUAGAACUGACCAGCUUUAUUGACAGAGAAAAAAUCGACCCGGUUGUCCUAGUAUCAUGGCUUUAUAACUUCAACUCUGCUUUCUGCAGUGAUGGCAAAAUCAACAAGGCCAACAAAAUCCUUCAGGCGAGUCUGAAUUGGUUCAGGAUUCAGUGCCGAAAAAAUCAAACGAGAAGAAACCGGAGCAAUGGACUGUAUGAGGAAUUCCUCCGCAGUCCAUUUGAUCUGAACCCUGAUCCAGUGGAAGACUCUGAAUUCAGGAGGGUGUCGACAGUCAAAGGGCAUGUGAAAAGAAAACUUAAAUUACUCCAGAGGAACCAGCAUUUUCAAUCGCCCAAGAUUAAAGAAGAACAUGAACCCUUUGAUAUUUCAGACUCGCAAACAGAACACAAACAAAAUAUUGAUGUUUUACUUAGGCAUAGAAAAAACACCUGUAAGCUUGAAUGCAAAAAUGACCAAAUAUUUAGCUUAAGAAAUGUAAAACAAGAAGACAGUUAUCACUGUCAGCCUGUUGAGUCAACAUUUGACACUGAAGACGAGACCCAAGAUGAUACAGGUGACUGUUUAUCCAUCUUGGAUAUCUCAGUGCUGUCUUUGCAAAAACUUACAGAAAUGUACGGUGGGAGGACCGAUGGUGCAGAUCUGGUGUCUGUGGAUCUUCUCAAAAAUCAGUUUGCUCUGAUGUUGAAAGAAGAUUUUAAUAUGCAGUCCCUAAACAAAAAGGUGUUGGCCUAUAACUCGCCCGAAAACCAACCAGUGGUGCCACCUUUACAUUUUCUUCAUUGCAACACUCAUUUCCUUCUCAACUUAAUCAACGCCAUUGAGAAGCAAAUAAUGUCCUUCGAAAGAGAAAUUGAGAACACUACAGGGGACAAGCUUGGACGUGACAAAAACCCUAAAUUUAAAGGUUUUUUAAACUUUGAAGAGAGCGCUGUCACUCGAUACAUCAGCAUGGCUUGUGAAAUCCUGUGUCCAAGAGGGGAAAGCAGAAAUAAUUACAGGAAGCACUGGCUUGCCUUCUGCAUCGAGAGGAAUGACCCUUCUCGGCUACCUGUCAAUCAGUCUAAUAGGUUUAUUAACUACUUUGAGGCAGCAGCUGCACUUGUUCACCAUUACAGCGAUGUUGCAUUGUUCGUGUCAGACCUACAGCUACUAAAAGAUGAUGCAAAUAUUUUUCUAGAGAGCAUCAAUUCUGAUGCAAACGAUGAGGCCCUACAGGCUCUUGUCUGUGUUGUGGCCAUUGUGUACUGUAAAGUCUUGGGUCCCUUUUGGCAGCUUCUGAAGAGUGAAACACAUUAUGUGUUGUUUCCUAAAUACCUUUUUUGCCUUUAUAAGAAGCUUCUGGAGUGGUCCCGGGAUGCAUCUGUUCUCUUGCAACCUGAGGCUGUGACUAAUGUGUUUCUCCAGGUUCCAAUGCAGGAGAAAAACUUUCCAGGGGUAUUUUCUUUCUGUCACCGAAAUGUAAAUACCCAGUAUGGGGCACUAAUUAAGGAAUGCUUACAGAGAAUGAUGAAGGUCAUUGCAUCAGUAAUUGAGGAAAAUCUGAAGGACUUUUUACCAGGAGGUUUGUACUGCAAAGAUCCUUCUGGGGAACUCAUGGAGCAGUUUACGAGCUGCACCUUGUCCCAGUUGAUGGGCGAGUACCCGUUUGGUCAUGCGUACCCCUACAGCAAACACAGACCUGAUAAAGUCCAAGUACAGAACAAAGAUAGCGUAGCUGACAUUUCACGUGGCAAUGCUGCUGCCUCUUCUCCAAAGGGUGUUGAGACACGUUCAGUUUCAAAGCAUUACGUCACAUUUGACAGAGCAAAUCUGCGUCCGUUGACUAAAAUGAAAAAGACAAGAUUAAGCAAGUUGGCAAAGAAUAGGCGACAAAAGCUGAAAGAGCAAAAUUACAAAAAAACGAUUAUCGCUUCAGUCACAAAAAAUGGAGGCCCCUGCAAAAGAGCUCAAGAUGUCGAUCAGUUGCUUAAGAGAAUGGAAGGAGCGCACCACGCUCAAAAGCGAGAGGCAGUCCGCUGCGAGUUAAACUUCCAAAAGUUUGUUGUUGGAUGUAGAGACAAACAGCUUGACCGCUUGGGCUUCUCUUUGUCAGACCUGGUUAACAAACUGAAAGCUAUUUUGCCUGAGGACCAGUCCACAAAUCACCAAGGAGACUAAAAAUGUCAAAUCGUACUUUUCACGUUUGAAAAGUAUUUUACAAUGAUACAACAAAAAUAGAUGUAAAGUAUGAGGGCAACUGUGUAAUAUUUCAAUAAGUAAAAUAAGUUUGAACGUUGCCAGAAUGUUUAAUAGAUUCCUGAUUUUAUUUUAUUUUUUAAAGAAGGACAUCUUUAUUUUCCUUAUUGUAUAAAUACUUCACUCUGACCUCUUUACCUUUUUAGUACAUCUGUUCAGUUCAAGUGUGUGUAAAAUGUGCAUUUAUUUUUAUAGCUCUCUUUUGCCACUGUUGGUUAUAAAUAAACACUUGUUUCAUUGA